CGUUAGAUCUCGAGAUUUCCCCACAACAACAUGGCGACAUUCAUGAGGGCACUUGCCCGGCAAGGUCGAACACUUAGUCUUGUUCGUCUUCGUCACCCCAAAGUGCAACAAUCAGCAUGUUUAAUUUCAACCUCAAAGAAAAACAAAGAUAUUUCAACCACAGUCGAACCUAUGGAAAAAUCUGAAGAAUUAAAAAGAUUAGAAAAACAUUUUGCUGACACCAGUCCAGCCUCAGAAAAGAACUGGAUCAGCCAUGGUUGGGAGCCAACAGACCCUGAGCUGGACUGGUUUGUUCACAAAAUCACCAUGUUUAUGACAAUAACAUUAUGCAUUUGUUGGGGAGGCUUCAUCCUUGCUUACCAGCCUGAUCAUAGGUACCUAAGUUGGUCCACAAGAGAGGCCUUCCUUGAGCUAGAACGACGAGAAAAGGAAGGGCUUCCUUUGAUAGACCCAGAACUCAUUGACAAAGAAAGUGUGAUUGCAUCCCUCCCUUCAGACGAAGAACUUGGCGAUACAGACAUCAUCAUAUAGAUAUAGCUGUUGUAACACUCUGAUCUAGAAAUGGUUCAAGCAAGACAUCUGUUUCCUGGGUCACUUACUGAUUUCUCUGUACAUAGUGUGUGUGCAUAGACACUUUCAAGUCAGGCGAAGAAUAGAUACACUGAAAUCUUUUGAAACUGACACUUUUAAGAUGAAAGCCAUUCUUAUGUUUGAUAUUUGGGAGACUUUGAAAAAACGCUUUCGUGGUAUGAGAAAGUGCCAUGUUGAAGAUUAAAUAAAUUAUUACAAAAGGCA